CUAAAUCUGCAUCCAGCGCAACACGCAGCCGCUUUGGGAAAUGGCCGGACUAUCCAAACUGUCCGACAGAGUGAGAUGAACCUGCUGGACACCUGACGAGAUGAUCCUCCUAUAAAAUGCGUGCAGUAGUUUGCACUUUGUCGGCCAUGUAACUUGUGAAAUUAUUAUGCAAGAGAACAAACCGGAUUGUUUGUGCCAGCGGUAUCCCAAGGACAUAAUGACUUCGGCUGUUCCUCGAUCGGGAUUUGUUGUCUUUUGCAUGGUUUUAGUCAUGAUUUGUGCCCUGUACCCUGUGCUGAAGACACUGUGUGUUCAGAUUCACUCUGCUGUCACAGGAAGCUAUGUGGCCGGAUAUCACUCUGUGCUGCUUGUCAACUGUCCCACAGAACAAACCGCUAGAGACAUUGGGAGGAGCAUCAUGGAGAAAAGGCUGGCAGCUUGCGUGAAUAUAUUUCCUCGCACUACCACUAUGUACUACUGGAAAGGAGAGAUACGGGAUACCUCAGAAAUACUGUUGCUUGUGAGGACAAGAACAUUUUUGGUGCAAAGACUUGUGACUUAUAUAAAAGCUGUGCAUCCAUAUGACAUUCCAGAAAUCAUCAGUUUUCCUAUUGACGAUGGAAGUCAACUAUACUUGAAGUGGAUGGAAGAUGCCGUCACUGAUAUUUGACAUCAUUCUGCAGUACAGUGGAAAAGCUUUUUUUUUGGAAGCUCACUACACAGAAACACUGAGGGAUCAGGGGACAUGAUCACAAAUUCUCAGGUUAAUGGGAACCCUGGCCCACACAAUGUCUGUUAAUAUAAAGAUAAGUGUAUACAUUUACUGGAUGGAUAUGUGGAAAGGGAUUCUGAUGUGUUUUUACCAGUUCUAUUACAUUUAUGCAUUUAGCAGAUGCUUUUAUCCAAAGUAACCUACAAUAGAAGAACAAAAGCAAUUUGUCACAGAGCCAACAAUAUUUAUAGUAUGCCAGGGUUAUUAGACUAGAUUUGGAAGCAAGCAGAGGAGUAAUGCAGAGAGAGAUAUAUUUAAUUUUUUUUAAAGCUAAGAAGUAGCUUAAAAAAAAAACCCUUUGAAACAGGGUUUCCGCGGGUCUUAAAAAGUCUUACAUUUAGUUUUAUCAAAUUUAAGGCCUUAAAAGGUCAUAUACAGGAAAGUCUUAAUUACGAUUUCAAGAGGUCUUAAAUUUGGGGAUGAAAAGACCAGAUUUCCGAUAUGGCUGAAUAUGAAGAUUAAACUUCAAAAGGCAAACGUUAUGAUUUCAUUAAAUAAACAUGCUGUGCUGCUUUGUGUUCUACUGUUACCAGGGAAACAGUUACAUUCUACCAAACACUCCACCUGCUGGCAGAAUGAAUGAGCAUUUUCGAUGAACGAGAGUUGUUUUGUUCAGAGUUCAGACCAAUGCGAAAAUCGACCCAUGUUUUUGCCCUGCAAACACGCAGAGCUUUAAAUGUGAACUGGUGGAUCGAUAAGAAGACUAUGCAUUAUAAAUAUCUAAAAAGUAUAGAGUUGUACGAUUUGGUCUGCCAAUUCUGCUAUGAUAUCACAAUUGUUGGUUUAACUCAUAGACUGCAUAAAAACAUGGACGUAGUGUCCGUGACGUCACCCAUAGGUUUCCAAACAGGGGGACAGGGUUUCAUAUUUUAUUGAAGCACCCCUGGGCGCCGCCAUUGGCUAGCGGACCCCCACCUGAUGUUAGGAUUCCAUUGACUCCCAUUCAUUUUGGCGUCACUUUGACAGCGAAAAACUUUACAUCUGAGGUGUUUAAAGACUCCAUUUGUACUUUUUAUAAUUUUUUAAAGAAACACAAAAAUGUAUAAAAGGCAUAUCUUACGUUAUGGUCCCAUAGAAGCAGUUCUUCAAACUGCUGUCAAAAAACAGGCUAACGAUUGCAUCAUAACCUGCGACUCUCUGUCGCACAGUAAAGAAAUUACCGUAUGGACAGGAGGAGAAGCUCACAGGCAAUCUUUUACUGUCUGAGGCAAUCGGGGGGACGCGGAGGCAUAAAGUCAAGGAAGAUAAUUAAUCAGAAUACUAACCAAAAUGUGCCCCUGUUCACGCUCGCCUUCUCUGUAAGAUUCGGUGGGUGAUUCAGAUUUCUCUUGGCACAGCGAUUAGAAGACUUACAGGUUGCUCACGUGACAUCUACGUCAUCAAGCUAAGUUUGAGUGUGCGCAGUACGCUCGACCCCCAGGAAGGGCGUUCUUCUAAUUGACUUCACUGGUCUCCGUCGAAUACAAUGGGGUUGCUGUCUGUUUCUUUUACUGUCUAUGUUUCCAAUGAGAGUUUUUGAAACCAAAAGUGGAUGGAGCGGGCCGUCGCUGUGCGUCACUCUGGGGUAAUCAAAAAUAGGCGGUGACAGCAGCGGCAAUCCACCUGUCACUCUAGUGGCCACGCCCUUAAUUAUGUAGAACUUUUAGGCUUGAUCAAAUUUAAAUGGAUGACUUAUUUUUAAAAAAUCACCCUCUCACAGUUGUCAUUAAGGGCAAAACUAACCAUGUAGACCAAAAUCACGUUUUGCACGGCUGUAAACAUUUUUUUUUUUCUGCUGUAAAGUUGGGCAUUUUAACAUGGGCAGUCUAUGGGAUUGACUAUGCGCAUUUAUAGUGCGUUCUUUUUUAUAGGUUGCUGUCUGUUUCUUUUACUGUCUAUGUUUCCAAAGAGAGUUUUUGAAACCAAAAGUGGAUGGAGCGGGCUGUCGCUGUGCGUCACUCUGGGGUAAUCAAAAAUAGGCGGUGACAGCAGCGGCAAUCCACCUGUCACUCUAGUGGCCACGCCCUUAAUUAUGUAGAACUUUUAGGCUUGAUCAAAUUUAAAUGGAUGACUUAUUUUUUAAAAAUCACCCUCUCACAGUUGUCAUUAAGGGCAAAAUUAACCAUGUAGACCAAAAUCACGUUUUGCACGGCUGUAAACAUUUUUUUUUUUUCUGCUGUAAAGUUGGGCAUUUUAACAUGGGCAGUCUAUGGGAUUGACUAUGCGCAUUUAUAGUGCGUUCUUUCACUGCAUGAAUCAGUGCAAUAAAAUGCAUUUAGAAUUAUCACAUACUUCAAGAUAUGGGGCAGAAAAUGUAUAUAUAUAUCAUUUAAUAUAGUUAAUAUCACACAAAGAGUGCCGUUUCUUCCUCCAAAAGUUCAGCAUGAUCUCGAUUUUAUACAACAGUUCUGUAAAGAAGUAGUUAAUAUGAAGAGACUUACGUUUAAGACACCGUAUUUCCUGUUUUUUAUCUAUUUCUUCAACAAAUAUAUUUCCAAACACAGCCACAGCACUGAUUUGCAUCUCUGAACAACACAACAGUGUUUCGUUUUUGUUUUAUUUUCUUGGCAAAAGCCCAAAUGCAAUAAUUUGACUACAAAUAUGGUGCACACUUAAAAAAAAAAAAAAAAAAAACGGCUUAAAGGUCAAAAUGGCCAUAAAACUAGUUGGAAAUUAUUAAUUUUGUUUAUUGCUGUAUACUUACCACACAUAAGAUGAAGAAUAUAAAAAAAAUUUGGAGCCAGCUGUUAGCACAACUAGAGAUAAGACAACAAGACACUCUAUAGCAAAAUAUUGUCUAAUUAUCGUUAUCGAUUAAAAUCCCCAAUAAAUGUUUGAGAUAUAAUUUUUUGUCAAUAUUGCAUACACCUAAUUUAUAUUUUUUUACUUGUAAAAUAAUUUAUCGAUAAUAAUUGUUAAAAUUAAUAUAGUAAUGAAUACUUUUGACUGAAAUGUAAAGUUUAGCAUUUUAGAAAACAUUUUGGUUUUGUGAAAACUUGUAUUUGAACUGUAAAUUAUGCAUUUUAUAGUUUAAUAUGGUACUAUUUACAUCGCCCAACCCAGCUCAUAUGGUAUUAAUUUUAUUUGUGCAGGUCUUAAAAGGUCUUAAAUUUGAGCUUAAAAAUCCUGCAGAAACCCUGUUAAAAGCCAUUUUAAAGGCUUUAUCAUUUUCAAGAUGCCUUUCAUACUUAACUGGAUGAGACCGUUAUUGUAAUCUGUUUCAGUGACCCGAGGCAUAAACUGUUACACCACAUACUGAAGAGCUUCUGUUCAAGCAUAUAUACUUAUUAACCAUUUUGUUGUGAAUCACUUUAUUAUGAAGAGUAUAAUUUAAAGCUAAUAUUAAUUAAUUUAAUUGUUAAAAUAUGCUCAUGUAUAUUCAACUCAUUUCUCAUGAUUGGUCAAGUGUUAAUGUAGUGGUUGAGCAGAAUUUGAGUGCUUGUUUUUAUUUUAUAUUUUUUUCUUCUAUCAAAUAAUGCAUUUAUUUCAAAAUAAAUAAACUGGAUCUCUUCAAGUUUGACUUUGACAACAUCACUUUUUAUUGUUAAAUGUUGUACAAUAUGCAUCAAGUUCAUUACUUUGCAAUAUUGCAAACUCUAAACAUAAACAUGCUUUCUAAAUGGAUCAGA